AUGGCAGGUUUAAUGGGAGUAACGGCAUUUCUUUCAAUGUGGAUUAACAAUUCUGCAUCAACAUCAAUUAUGAUGCCUGUAGCGUUGGCUAUUAUCAACGAACUUGAGAGACAUGGAAAAAAUUUUAUCACUAAACGACAACAUAACACAACAGCAAUAGCUGUUCAAAAUGAUGCAUUCGAUUCUACUGACGUCGAAGUACCUAUCGAAAAUACGAGUAACGAAAUACAUCUUGAUACACAAAGUAACAAAGCAUCAAAACAUGAAGUACCCGUUGAAGUAAAGACACAUUUCAGAUUCGUAUGUUGUAAACAACAAAAAAUGUCGCUGAUUGAUCCAGUCAAGCAAAAGUACGAUCAAUUAAGAAAAGGAUUUCUUCUUUCGGUGGCCUAUUCAUCAUCUAUUGGUGGAUUAUCCAGUUUAGUUGGUACCGGACCUAAUGUUUAUCUCAAAGGCUUUACAGAUGAGUAA